GUGACGCCGCAGCCGAAGCCGCCCGCGAAGCUGUCCCCGGGCGCCCUGGACAGCCUGCGGCGCCUCAUCGAGUCGACUGCUGCGCGCGAGGGCAUGGGCACGACCGAGGUCCUGCACGCGCUGGGCUACGGUAGGGAGAUCAGCGAGGGCGACGGCGAAGGCAAGGAUGUCAACGCGGCAAUGCAGGGCGGCAAGGGCGACGGCAAAGGCAAGGGUGUCAACGUGGCACCGCGGAGCGGCAAGGGCGGCGGCACAAGCAAGGAUGUCAUCGUGGCAUUGCACAACGGCAAGGGCGACGGCAAAGAUGGCAACGCCUAUCACGUCGCGCCGCGCCCAUCUGCCGCUGGAGACUUGCCCGACACUGUGGUGGGGACCACUAACGGUGACGUUCAAUUGGCGCCAGAGGCGUUGAAGAAGUU